GUUUUCCCGGACCUCUGAAAAAUCCGAAUCCAUCCUUGCAAAAGGCACCACCGAACCUCGCCAAAAUGACCGAGCAGAUGACAGUGAGGGGGACCCUGAAGGGGCACAGUGGAUGGGUCACCCAGAUCGCCACUACGCCCCAGUACCCCGAUAUGAUCCUGUCGGCGUCCCGAGACAAGUCCAUCAUCAUGUGGAAACUGACCCGUGAUGAAACCAACUACGGUAUCCCCCAGCGCUCCCUGAAGGGUCACUCUCACUUUGUGAGUGAUGUUGUGAUCUCCUCUGAUGGACAGUUUGCCCUGUCCGGAGCCUGGGACGGGACCCUCCGCCUGUGGGAUCUCACCACUGGUCUCACCACCCGCCGAUUCGUUGGACACACAAAGGAUGUUUUGAGCGUGGCUUUCUCUGCUGAUAACCGCCAGAUUGUGUCUGGCUCCCGGGACAAGACCAUCAAGCUGUGGAACACUCUUGGAGUCUGCAAGUACACCAUCCAGGAUGAGGGCCACACUGAGUGGGUGUCUUGUGUUCGCUUCUCCCCCAACAGCAGCAACCCCAUCAUCGUCUCCUGUGGCUGGGACAAGAUGGUUAAGGUGUGGAACCUGGCCAACUGCAAGCUGAAGACCAACCACAUUGGUCACACUGGCUACCUGAACACAGUGACCGUUUCUCCUGAUGGCUCCCUGUGUGCAUCUGGUGGAAAGGAUGGCCAGGCCAUGCUUUGGGACCUGAAUGAAGGCAAGCACCUCUACACCCUGGACAGCGGUGAUGUGAUCAACGCCCUUUGCUUCAGCCCCAACCGUUACUGGCUCUGUGCCGCCACUGGACCCAGCAUUAAGAUCUGGGAUCUGGAGGGCAAGAUCAUUGUGGACGAGCUGAGACAGGAAGUGAUCAGCACAAACAGCAAGGCCGAACCCCCACAGUGUACUUCCCUGGCAUGGUCUGCUGAUGGACAGACCCUGUUUGCUGGCUACACUGACAACCUGAUCAGAGUGUGGCAGGUCACCAUUGGAACGCGAUAAGAAAUCCUCGUUGAAGCAACUUUAAAUAAAAGACUGUUUG